GCCUCAUGGGUAGAUCAUGGGCCCCCUAACGACUUUCUAUGGUACUGCAGGUACGAGUUGAUGUGCCGGUGCUGGGAAUGGGAGCCGACCAGCCGGCCAGGCUUCACGGAGCUGUUUAACGAGUGUGACCAGGCCCUACAGGACAAGUCUGACUACAGGGACGUGGCGGGGAUGAAGGUCUCCAUCAACAGUGACGACAUCGAUGACGUCAGCGACACUGCAGAAGACAAAGAUCAGGAGACUGAUGUUGACGACAUGGAGACAUCAGAGAAAGGUUGUCCUGGAUCCGGUCGGAAGUGGUCCUACGUGUCCCUGGCCUGGGAGGCAGACGACCUGUUCACAGUAUCGGGAUAGAUCGCUCCGCGCCCUUACUCUCCUUCGUGGCCUGGCGCUGGCGGGUAUUUUUUGGGGUGUGGGGUGUGUGGAGAGGGGGGCUGAUUCGCGAAUUUCAAAAUAUGGGCCAGGUUCGUAGGCCAUGAAGGUCCUCUAUGUACCCGCUAGUCUAAGAACGUGGUACAUAUGUUGAAAAUCGCGAAUUAUCUCACUCCCUCCCCCAACAACAUAACGCCAACACUUGUGAAAAGCUACAGAGGAGGCUACCACUGGCCUACAUUUUAGUUUCCCGAUCCCGACGGAAUAAGACCAUCUAUGGAUACCUUUUAAUCGUGUUACACAACCUCUCGCUGUUGGGGACUUAUUGCGCCUCCCACCUGACAGUGGAGAAGGUAGCUUUAUAUAGAAACCUUUCUUCAGCCAAUCAGAGUGCGCCAUUUCCAUGACCCCAAAUCAAGAUGGCCGCAAAAACCAGAAAGAUCCAUGAAGUGAACUUGUGGCCGUACAUCUCUGGCCUGUGUUUACACAAUCUCUCACUGGCUGGGGUUAAUGACCCGUAGGUCAUGGCAACUGUAAGACCGGUCCCUAGGAGCGCAAUUUUAGUAAGGCUACGUACAUCUCCAACCAUUCCCUUUCCUGGAGUUACCGAUCAUUGUGAAAAUACAUCCCAUAGGAGCUUAGUAUUCUCUGUCACUAUAUACACCAGUCAUCAUAACUCUAAAAGCAUUGUAACAUACAGUUCUAGGUCUGUUAGUGAUUUGUCCAUGUUAGCACAUGUAGGUUAGGAUGUCCCCAGUUCUCCUGACUUAAGGGCGCGGUCACAUAGGUCGUGCGAUCGUCUUACGAUUGUGAUGCCAUAGGAUUUUCAAGCAGGCUGCGACAGACCCAAACACCGACAUGGAUACAAAGCAGAAUUUUGUGUACCAAGACGGUUCAACUUUGUAGGAGACGUACAUUUUUGUUCUCCAAAAUGCCCGAAGUUAGCGAUCGUACGACGAUCGUACGACCUAUGUGGCGUAUGCGCCAUUAGAGGUGUUGACUACAAAGCUUCUCGAUGCCUGACCUCAACAACAUUAAUGUUAAUGUACAAUUAAGGAUGUGGAUUGGAAAGGUAGCUGUAGAUAUCUUCAUAACAUUAUAAUCUGUUAAACGUUGUUAUAUAUACAGUCAGCAUUUCCUGCUGUAUAGAUUUCAUAUAAGUGUUAUCAUUUGUGCAUAAGCGUUAUAUAACAGAGGUUUCGUGCUAUGUUAGUACUAUGCAUAAUGAAAAAAUUGCAUAAUACUUGAUCAUGUAUCAAUUGUAAAAAAACAGUGUAUAUGUCUAUACAUGUGCAUAUGUCAUGUACAAGAAGGCUUAAUGUAUCCGCUAUGCUUGUCUUUAAUAGAUACCUAUUGAAAGAUCUUGAAAACCUUAAAGCAUUGCAGUUGAUAUUGGGAUACGUACAGUCCCUUGUUGUUUCCGUACCGUUCGUGAGUAGGAAUAUUGUUCAAAGUCAGUGCGGAACUGCACGAUUUUAGCUAACCGACGUCCGAAUAGAGAUUGCUCUGAAUAUGAUCUCUUACUGUACGUAAUAACUUAUUCACAAUUCUUUCUCCUUUGAAAUACAACAGAUUUCAAGAGACUCGAUACAACAAGCAGAUUUGACUGUACAUGUAUGAAUAAAUAAAUAGAUUUGACAUUUCUCACAGUGCUAAAGCUAAGAGAACAACCCGCCAUACUUGCAAAUACUACGUGCUGUCUAAGUGCCAAAACACGGGCAAUCUUUUGGGAUCCGUAAGUGGUAAGUACCGCCUCCGUACGAACUCGUAGGGAAUCCGAUGAAUUUUGGAGCACACAGACACGCCGUACAACG